AUGUAUUCAUAAAGAAAAUUGAAAUUAACUCUUCCAUUGCCAAAAUUAGAAUCAGGAUUUAGAUUUGAAUCAGAAGCCUAGACUACAACAUCCCGAUCAAGUAAAAAAAAAAUAAAUAUUGAUAGGAAUAUUAUCAAUCAAUAAAGGUCAAUCAACUGAAAAGAGAUUACACAAACAUGCAGUAACUUAAAUAAAUAGUCCUAACCAAAUGCAUUUAUAUACACCGAUGUAGGAAAGUUUGAGAGCUAAAAGACUCAAAAAUAUUCCUUAUCAAUUAAAAUAUUUCAUUCCUAAUCUCCCUAACAAAAACUUUAAAUCUAGCCAUCUAAUAAGUAACUAAUUAUUGGAAACACCAAAAAAGACUAUCUAUAAUAAAGAUAAAUGGUAAGUAAAUACUCACAAAACAAGAAUGAAUAAUGCUUUUAGUUUAGGUAAAAAUAAAAGAAUGGAAAAUUAACACCUCAAAACAGAAUAACCAGAAGAACAUAAUUAAAUUCGAUAAUAAAACAUAAUAUACAUAGAAAAAGAAAAAAUGAGAGUAUUAUAUUAUGUUAUUCUUAGAGACUCAAUCAACAAAGAAUUGACACUCAAAAAUUAAUGGAUCAAUUUGCUUAUCAAUUUAAUUCAAGUGUCAAACUUGAUUAUAUACAAUCAAACUUUUGA